AUGAAAUUGAAAGAGGAACGAGAAGAACUGCAUGAAGUGGAGGAGAGAAAUGAGUAUCGGAAACAACAUUUCACAACUAGAUAUUUUUUUUAUAACUGCUCACAGAUGGAAAUGUAUUCCUCCCAAAAAACAACUGGAGCCAGAAAUUCUUUCACCUGCCCUCAGUGUGAAAAGAGUUUCCGGUGUAAAGUAAACCUUGAAGCACACAUUAGAAUCCACACUGGAGAGAAGCCUUUUACCUGUCCCCAGUGUGAAAAGAGUUUCAGGUGUAAAGUAAACCUUGAAGCACACAUUAGAAUCCACACUGGAGAUAAGCCUUUCAAGUGUCCUCAGUGUGAAAAGAGCUUCUGCAGAAAAGGAAUCCUUGGUAAUCACAUGAUAAUUCACACUGAAGAAAAGCCUUACACCUGCAUUCAUUGUGGAAAGAGUUUCAGAACUAAAGGAAACCAUGAUGUGCACAUGAGAAUUCACACUGGAGAGAAACCUUUUACAUGCAUGCUAUGUUGGAAGAGUUUCUCGUAUCAAGCACACUUUAAAAGGCACAUGAGAGCUCACAAUGAAGAGAGGCCUUUUAUCUGCCCUCGGUGUGGGAAAGGUUUUUCAGACAAAACAACCGUUACGAGUCACAUGCGAAUUCACACUGGAGAGAAGCCUUUUAAAUGUGAUCGGUGUGGGACAAGUUUCAGGCGUAAAGGCGAACUUAACUUGCACAUCAGAAUUCACACUGGAGAUAAGCCCUAUGCAUGCCAUCUGUGUGAAAAGAGUUUCAUAACUAAAUUUCAACUUAAUACACACAUUAGAAAUCACACUGGAGAGAAGCCAUUUUCAUGCAUCCAGUGUGAGAAGAGUUUCAGAACUAAAUGGCAACUUAAAAUUCACAUUAGAAUUCACACUGGAGAGAAGGCUUUUGAAUGCCACCAGUGUGGGGAGAGUUUUGCAAGUCAAAAGGGCUUUAUUUCUCACAUGAGAAUUCACACUGGAGAGAAGCCUUUCACAUGCCUCCAGUGUGGGGAGAGUUUUGCACACAAAAAGGUCCUUAAUACUCACAUGAGAAUUCACACGGGAGACAAGCCUUUCACAUGCCACCAGUGUGGGGAGAGUUUUGCACGUAAAAAGGGCUUUAAUACUCACAUGAAAAUUAACACUGGACAAAACCUUUUGACAUGCCAUCAGUGUGGUACAGAUUUUACUUCUGCAUCAGCCUUAAAAACACACCUGAAAAUUCAUGAAUAUGAAAAGCCAUCUUUGUGUUCUCUUGCAGGAAAUCAUUUUAAAAAGCAGCAGAAAAAACAUAUUGCUAUUAGAGCUCAUGUCUGCUUAGAUUGUGGAAAGGUGUUUUCUAGAAAAGCUAAUUUGGAACGACACAGAAGAAUCCAUACUGGUGAAAGACCAUACAAGUGUCUAAUAUGUGGAAAGAGUUUCACUCAUUCAGAAAGCCUGAAAGUACACAAGAGAGCGCAUACUGGGUGA